AUAAAGAAUUCAUUGUGUGCUCUUUGGACUUGUUCUCUGGACUUGCUGAAGGUCUUGGUAGUGGGAUAAGGAGUUUGGAAAAGACAAACCUAUUGUCCCUAGAUUAUGGUAAAUCUGUCCAUGUGUUCAUAAUUUUAUCUUCAUAGACUGUCAUUAUGGAGGAGCCUGUUGUGUUGCAUGUGCUGUGGAUGUACCCUGUGCAUUAAAAUUUGUUGGCCAGACAUAGUCUUGCCAAGUGUAAGCGUUUCUAUAUCACUAUCAGUCUACUUGCAGCCUUAUGUCAUUAGCAAAUUGUGGCAAGAUACGUGACGAUAUUGAGGAGGAUGCCUUCCGAGGUCUAUGUGCCAUG